UUGUGUGCUGGAUGUAACCAUGUCUUUGACUCAUCACUAAGUAUUCAUUCUUCACGUGAAUGUUUGUACAGGAAAACAGUGCCGUUUUGGGGAGUCAAAUUGCGACAAAAUUUGAGAAAAAGAAUGGAUUAAAUAUGUGUGAGAUAUUGGAUUAACACGGCUGUUCUUCAAAGGAGCUAAUUUAUCACAGGUGUGGAAUGACCCACCAUGAUGACAUCAUGUCGUCCAACAAAGACAAAGGGAGACAAACCAAGUCCCGGUACUACAACAUGACUUAUCACUAUGGAGGUGACAGCCAACCUUUACCCACAUGGAAAACUUACUUAUAUACAUUACAGUUACAAGCACCGAAACCAAGAAGGAUUAUUUGUCAGUAUGAGGUUCCAAACAAACCACAGUUUUAUGGAAAAGAGUACCAUGGUAAUGUGACCCGCGAUGAAGCUGAACGGUUGUUGUGUGAAGGAGACGGGUGUUACCUAGUUAGGAAAAGUGACCGAGCACCUGAUGCAUUCACACUCGCAAUCAGAUUUGAAGGUCAGACGAAGAACUUCAAGCUUUACUAUGAUGGAAUGCAUUACGUUGGUGAAAAAAGAUUUGAUACUGUACACGACUUAGUAGCUGACGGUCUGAUACACUUCUAUGUAGAGGCAAAAGCUGCGGAUUAUAUUGCUUCACUUUCAAACGAAUCCAACUAUGCAGAGUCACCGUAUUUAGCAUAUAGUGCAAAAAAGAAACGACUACAGCGUUCACAAAAAUCAGUGGCAACCAGAAAAAUAGACCAUACAGAUUCGGGAAAUGUGAAUAUUGACACACCGAAUCGGCUCAGUAAUGGUUCUAACGGAACUACUGUUCAGGCACAAGGGCAAAUAUUAGAUGAUGACGAAGACGAUAUAUUGGCCAACGUCCAUGAAUUUGCAAAGGCUCAUAAUUUUAAGACCCAGAACUUCAUGGGACUACAUUGGUGUGAUUAUUGUGCUAACUUUAUGUGGGGUCUUAUAGCACAGGGGGUCAAAUGUCAAGAUUGUGGAUUUGAAGCUCAUAAAAAAUGUUCUGAGAAGGUACCGAAUGACUGCAUGCCGGAUAUUAAAUUUGUGAAGAACUUGUAUGGAGCUGAUCUCACAACAGUGGUGAAAGCCAGGAACACACCUAUCCCUGUCGUCGUAGAGAAAUGUAUAAAGGAAAUUGAGUCCAGAGGUCUGGAAUCAGAAGGCCUCUACAGGAUUGCAGGUUUACAUGAUGAGGUGGAGGGUAUCAGGAUGGCAUUUGAUAAAGAUGGAGAGAACACAGAUAUCAGUGCUAACAAGUAUGAAGACAUCAACAGUAUCACAAGUGUGCUGAAGUUGUAUUUCCGAUUACUUCCUAUACCCUUACUUACAUUCGAAGCCUACAAGUUCAUCAUUGAUGUCAUAAAGCGAGAAGAUCGGUCACGGGAAUUAAUCGUCAAAUUGAAGGAAGGAUUGGCCAUAUUACCACCAGCACACUACCAGACACUUAAAUACCUCUUAGCUCAUCUCAUCAGAGUAACGGAGAAGAAAUCCAAAAAUAUGAUGGGAGCUGACAACUUGGCUAUUGUGUUUGCUCCAACCCUGAUGCGUAGUCCCGACACUAACCCAAUGAUAAGUCUUAUGGCCGCCCAGUUUGAACAGAAGUGUGUGGAACUUUUGCUUGUUCAUUAUCGGGAAUUGUUUUCUAGAAUGAGCACUCAGAUAAGUGUAGACAUACCUAGAGUUGACCCCUCGCGCUUGGUCGACCAUGUGUGAUGAAUUGAACUCAAGGAGCUUGAAAUUGUUUAUUAUUGCAAAACAUUUAUAUGACUCAGAAAUUUUUUUCAGUGCAAAAGUUUAUGUGAUGUAUUUUUUUUUUCUGAAUGUGAAUCAAGGUAUGAUACUGCAAUCAUUUUGUGGUAAAAUUGUUACUUAAGUCAUGUGUAUGAAACAUUUUCAACUUUAUAUUCACCAUUGCAUACAUAAAUUUGAUGAGGUGUUGCUGGUUUUGAUAUUAGUAUAUCAUCACAGCUGUUAAACUUCAGCUCAUGCUGGUAAAGCUUUUUCUCCUUGUCAGCAAAUCAAGUUCACUUUAAAUACACUGCAUAGUUUCUAUUUUUCCCUGUUUAUAAUGAUAGAAUAAAGUUAUUCCCAAUUUAAAAAACAAACAUUUUGCCGGUUGUAUAAUUUCAUGAAAUAACAUUAUUUCUCUCAAACAGAUGGUUAAAUUACAAAACUUUGAACCAUGAAAAAAUAUCUCAACAGUAUUAUAUAUGAUAUAUAGUGUUCUGUGACCUUUGAACCGAGGGAAUGAAGAUCUUGUCGGUGAAAUCUAUGGAUUACCUGAUAAUUAGUCAAUGAUGUCAAAGGCACUGAAGUUUUCUUCCUAAUAUCAGUGUUUCAUCUGCGGAUAGUUUUAAUUUAGCUUGUUGUUUUAUUGAAUUUCAAUAUCACAGGAUUAAGAUUUUUAAGGCUAUUUAAUGGGGCCACCAUAUUUUAAAUAUUUUACAUUAAUUAAACUUAAAUUGACAAUGAAUGUUGAUCUAUGGAUUUGCACUCUCCUCUCCAAUUAACAUAACAGAAAUCAGUUUAUUGAAAUUUAGCCUUGAAAUCCUUGCAAGAAAUCAUGAUUUAAUCAUUAUUUACGCAUAGAUUUUACAGACUGUAAAUACUUUGGGAAAAAAAGAUGAAGUGAAAAUCAUUACAUACAAUUUGUAUGUUCAAAUCUUAUAGUAAAACAUAAUGGUAAAAUAUUUCCGAGCAUGAAGGUAAGUCAGUUUAUUGAUUAAUCAAUUUAUUUAAUGGAGAAUCGACACGUCAAGGUCAUGAAUAAAAACCCUGACAUUGUUUUCUCUGAUGUAAUUAGUGAUUAUCGUUAAUCAUUGUUUAUAGUAUUGAGACCUAACACCAAAAAUAGAGUGUACACUGUAUAAAAACAUAAAUAAUAAUUUCUUACAUCAAUACAUCAGCCAAUCAAACAUAAUAUUACAAAAUUACAUCAAUUUUUUUGUGAUUGGGUGAUAACAUAAAACAAUUACCCAAUGAAAAUGCUUGUUUUAUAGUAGAUUGCGGUAUUUUGAUUGAGCUUGGCCAUCAGAACAAGUGUAGCUACCAAAACUUAAGUUGUAAUGUGGCUAUAAAACAGUUAGAUUAUGAAUCAGUCAAAAUUCUCAGUUCAAGUGUAAGUUUGUGUUUAUAAAAGUUUUGAUUUACAUACAAUACUGUUUUGUAUUGAUACUCAGUCUAAGUCCUCCCAUCCUUAUGAUCAAAUGAUAAACAUUUCUGAUUAAUAAUGUGUUUCAGUUUUGAAGAUAAGAACGACAGGUGUAAUGAGGAAGUGAUGCUGUUGUUUACCUGUUAUCUUGGUAAAUUACUUUCUACCAGUAUAGCUUGGGGAAAAUUUCUCUUUAGCUUGAUCAGUAAAGUAUAAGUCUACUACACUAUGUCAGAGGUCCAGGGUGUGAUCCCUAGUAAACCAGAGGUCCUGGAUGUGAUCCCUAGGUAGUCAGAGGUCCUGGGUGUGAUCCCUAGGUAGUCAGAUGUCCUGGGUGUGAUCCCUAGGUAGUCAGAGGUCCUGGAUGUGACCCUAGGUAGUCAGAUGUCCUGGGUGUGAUCCCUAGGUAGUCAGAGGUCCUGGAUGUGACCCUAGAUAGUCAGAGGUCCUGGGUGUGAUCCCUAGGUAGUCAGAGGUCCUGGGUGUGACCCUAGGUAGUCAGAGGUCCUGGGUGUGAUCCCUAGGUAGUCAGAGGUCCUGGGUGUGAUCCCUAGGUAGUCAGAGGUCCUGGAUGUGACUCUAGGUAGUCAGAUGUCCUGGGUGUGAUCCCUAGGUAGUCAGAGGUCCUGGGUGUGAUCCCUAGGUAGUCAGAGGUCCUGGGUGUGAUCCCUAGGUAGUCAGAUGUCCUGGGUGUGAUCCCUAGGUAGUCAGAGGUCCACUAAGGUGGAAUUGGAAUAAAUGAUGGCCUUUCUAACAUAAUACAUAUAGAGGAAUUUUGAAAGUCAAUCAAUCUUUCGUUUCAGUACUUACCAGUAUUGCUGAUAAUGAUGUACAAUCUUUUCUUUAUAGAAUUCUGUCACAAGAUUCACUUUUUUAAGUGCAAUAAACUUUAAACUUAUCAACAAUGACAGUUAUUCUGUCUUCAGAAAGUUAUUGAUAAAUAAUCAUUUGAGUUUAUUUUUGGUAAAUGUAUGUAGCUUGUAUUGUUGGCUAGAAUUAUGUAUUUUUGCCAUUUUGACAUCUGCCUUAAUCAGACUUUUUAAUGUUUUGUUACGAUCUUUAUUUAUUUUCUGUGUUUUAACACAGAGUUUUUUAUAUGUAAUAUUUAAUUAUAGGUUUGUAGAUUUAAGGUUAGCUGAACCACUUAAGAUAUGUACAAAGUAUACUUAACUGACCAUACGUGUUAAUUUUCUUUUUCUGUAAAUCAAACCCCGACACACCACCUAAAUUGGAUUCAUCUAUAUACAGAUUGUGACUGUGAAUCAAAGAAUGAGUGAGGGAAGUAUGAGAGAGGUUAUAUUUUAAUCAAAAUAACAGACUUAUUCUUUUUUUUUAUUUAUAUUUGGAAAACGCAUCAAUUCAAAUCAUGUUUAAUGAAUUAAUAGUAGUAACAGCAAACAUCGUGAUCCUUUCACCUCAACAGAGAUCUUGUUUCCUGUUGUAGGAGAAAGGCUUUUGUAUGGAAUACUGUGGUCAGUAUCCCAUGUAUAUUCAGUAUCAAGCCCAUGCUUGGUUAUAAGCCAACCUUUGUCUUUAUGGUUGUUCAAUAUUGAAAUUCUAAGAAAUGUUUUAUCCUUGUCCUGUAGUGAUCCCAGAUCAUGUGAUGUGACACACUACAGGAUAAAUAUGGAGUUAAGUAAUAAUCCCAGAUCAUGUGAUGUGACACACUACAGGAUAAAUAUGGAGUUAAGUAAUAAUCCCAGAUCAUGUGAUGUGACACACUACAGGAUAAAUAUGGAGUUAAGUAAUAAUCCCAGAUCAUGUGAUGUGACACACUACAGGAUAAAUAUGGAGUUAAGUAAUAAUCCCAGAUCAUGUGAUGUAACUUACUACAGGAUAAAUAUGGAGUUAAGUAAUAAUCCCAGAUCAUGUGAUGUGGCUUACUACAGGAUAAAUAUGGAGUUAAGUAAUAAUCCCAGAUCAUGUGAUGUGGCUUACUACAGGAUAAAUAUAAAGUUCAGAAAUUUACUUUGACUUUCACACAUGAGGACUCCUCGGAAAGGGAAAAAAAUGUUGAAAACAUGUGACCAAUCUGCUCAUGUUAGUUUAAACUAGAAAACUGUUUUAGACUAGAAACAUUUUCAUAUGCUGUGAAAUAACAUGCCGUGAGUGGUGGUAUUAUUGAAACACAUACAUUGUGAGAAUCUUAAACACAAGUAAUAUAUCACUAAGGUUCUAGCUGGCAUCUAGAGGAUUUCUGAUUGAUAUUUUAAGAAUUUUUAUUACAGAUUUAAAAAGUAUAUUAUUUGAAUAUAUGAGAAAUAACUUUACUCAAUAAUGAAACUGGCUUGGACAUUUUAUGUCUUGGUAUCUAUAAGCUGUUGUAUGUAUAUAUGUUUUUAUGAUAUUUCAACUUUGAACUAGUUCAUUUUCUGCCAAACAAGUUUGCUUGAUCUUAGCAAUUUAAUUUUGCUUUACUUCUAAGCCCUACAAACAUUUCAGCAGAUUAGAUCAUUUGGACAAAGGUACUAACUGUAGUAAUCUAGUUUAAAUAAAAGGGACAUAACUCUAGUAAACAAGUUUUAAUAAAGGGACUUAACUCCAGUACUCUUUUUCCCCAUGUGAUGGUGUUAUGACAUAACCCUAUAAUAAAUCUUCAUACCAGAAUUUAUGAAGUCAAGGGCUCAAAAUGCAUGCUUUGACAAGAUUAUAAAUCUUGUUUAAUUUUAAUUGUUUGCAGUAUGUAUAUGGCUACUGUUUGUCAAUAUAAUGCUAUAUAUCUUCAUGCCAUGAAGAUCAUUAAAUUUUUCUGAUAUUUGCAAACAUAAUUAUUAUUUGUACACUAUUGCCAUGAUUUUACAUCACAUUCAUCUCAUGUAUGAUUUUCCAGGAAAUUCUGAAGAGUAAAUAUAUGUAUCUGUUUCAUUUCAUCAAUAUGUUAUUGUGGAAAGGUUGAUAAUUUAUGUUUACAAUUUAAGCUAGCAAUAACAUGUUGUGUCAAUGGAUAUUUUUGUUUUAGUGUUUAUUGUUUAUUACAUGUAAUAAUGAUUACCCCAUCUUAUUGUUGGUAAGCCCAGGUGUGGUAUUAAGCUUCCCUCUAACACCUCUACCCCCACCAAAGAAUACCCCUUCUUAUUAUAAGUAAGCCCAGGUCUGGUAUUAAGCUUCCCUCUAACACCCUUACCCCCACCAAAGAAUACCCCUUCUUAUUGUUGGCAAGCUUCCCUCUAACACCCUUACCCCCACCAAAGAAUACCCCUUGUUAUUGUUAGUAAGCCCAGGUGUGGUAUUAAGCUUCCCUCUAACACCUCUACCCCCACCAAAGAAUACCCCUUGUUAUUGUUGGUAAGCCUAGGUCUGGUAUUAAGCUUCCCUCUAACACCUCUACUCCCCCAUCCUUCUACCCUUCCCCCAUCCAACCCACCCACCCACCCACCUUUUGCAUCUCUAUAGAAAAUAUGACAAUGGGCAAAUUUCUUCCCGUUUCAUCAAGUUUCCCUGGAAGAAACUACAGGGUUUAUCAGUGGUACAUGGUAAAAUGUACCCCCUGGGUUUAUCAGUGGUACGAUGUGAAAGGUAACCCCUGGGUUUGUCAUUGGUACAAUGUGAAAGGUAACCCCUGGGUUUGUCAGUGGUACAAUGUGAAAGGUAACCCCUUGGUUUAUGUGAAAGGUAACCCCUGGGUUUGUCAGUGGGACAUUGUGAAAGGUACCCCCUGGGUUUAUCAGUGGUACAUGGUAGAAGGUACCCCCUGGGUUUAUCAGUGGUACAUGGUAGAAGGUAACCCCUGGGUUUAUCAGUGGUACAUGGUAGAAGGUAACCCCUGGGUUUAUCAGUGGUACAUGGUAGAAGGUACCCCCUGAGUUUGUCAGUGGUACAAUGUGAAAGGUAACCCCUUGGUUUAUGUGAAAGGUAACCCCUGUGUUUAUCAGUGGGACAUUGUGAAAGGUAACCCCUGGGUUUAUCAGUGGUACAUGGUAGAAGGUAACCCCUGGGUUUAUCAGUAGUACAUGGUAGAAGGUAACCCCUGGGUUUAUCAGUGGUACAUUGUGAAAGGUACCCCCUGGGUUUAUCAGUGGUACAUGGUAGAAGGUAACCCCUGGGUUUAUCAGUGGUACAUGGUAGAAGGUAACCCCUGGGUUUAUCAGUGAUACAUGGUAGAAGGUACCCCCUGUGUUUAUCAGUGGUACAUGUUAGAAGGUACCCCCUGGGUUUAUCAGUGGUACAUGGUAGAAGGUACCCCCUGGGUUUAUCAGUGGUACAUUGUGAAAGGUACCCCCUGGGUUUAUCAGUAGUACAAUGGGAAAGGUAACCCCUGGGUUUAUCAGUGGGACAUUGUGAAAGGUACCCCCUGGGUUUAUCAGUGGUACAUGGUAGAAGGUAACCCCUGGGUUUAUCAGUGGUACAUGGUAGAAGGUAACCCCUGGGUUUAUCAGUGGUACAUGGUAGAAGGUACCCCCUGGGUUUAUCAGUGGUACAUGGUAGAAGGUACCCCCUGGGUUUAUCAGUGGUACAUGGUAGAAGGUACCCCCUGGGUUUAUCAGUGGUACAUGGUAGAAGGUACCCCCUGGGUUUAUCAGUGGUACAUGGUAGAAGGUACCCCCUGGGUUUUAUCAGUGGUUCAUGGUAGAAGGUAACCCCUGGGUUUAUCAGUGGUACAUGGUAGAAGGUAACUCCUGUGUUUAUUAGUGGUACAUGGUAGAAGGUAACCCCUGGGUUUAUCAGUGGUACUUGGUAGAAGGUAACCCCUGUGUUUAUCAGUGGUACAUGGUAGAAGGUACCCCCUGGGUUUAUCAGCUUUAUGGUCUGGAUACUAAUUAAGAUAGAUUUUUGUUGAUGUUGGGGUGUAAUCAAUGUAUUGUGGAUGUUGAUAUUGUUCUCAGAUCUGUCAAUAAAACUAUAUGUUCU